GAUGGGGGCAUGCCAUCCCUGUCAUGUCAGCAGAUGCUUGGAGAGCAUUCCUGGAGAGUCGGCGUGGAGGGCGAGUGCUUGAUGCCAGCACCAUAUUUGGUCUGGUAGCAAAUGCCCACGACUCAAAGAUUGUGGACAGAGGGGUUAAUGCUUUGCGGCCCUUGUUCAAGGUGCUCAUGGCCAAGAUGCAGGGCGGGCCACUUUACACCAAGACAUUAAUCCUGCCUGCUAGCGAGUACAAGGCAUUUGUGCCUAGAGAGCUGCCUGUUGGCAUCCGUGAGCGGGACAAGGUGUAUGCCAAGUCCUGUUCAUAUGAGGAGGGUGGCGAUUCAGAUGGCAGCACUUCUGAGGACUCCUUGGAUGAGCUCCGCGAGGAUAACUACCAGGAGCUUAAUGAGACUGAGCUGAAAGGGAUGCGAGUUAUGCCUGAGGAGCCAAGGAUCGACCCCCAUGAGGGCUACCAACGUGUACAACAGUGGUGGG